AUGAACAUUUUCAGGAAACCGGUAACAUUAGCGAACGAAAAAAAACCACCAUUGGUUAAGUACCAGAGUAAUAUGCAGCGGGCGGCAUUUUUGACUCUCACGACCCAGCAGCAGCGGGUUAAAUUUAAUGAGUUGAAUGAGCUUGAAGCAAAAAGAAUUACUGAAGGGUUGAAUAAUGAGGAUUCCAUUUGGUCGUUAAAAGCAGCUUUGGAUAAGAAAAACAAACUGCGAAAUAGGUACUCGAAUGUAUCUCCUUACGAUGCAUCAAGGGUUAAAAUCCCAGUUGUUGACGAAAAGGUAUUUUCAGAUUACUUCAAUGCUUCUUAUAUUAGACUCGAAACUAGUGGAGGGUUGCUACAGAAUGAGUAUAUAGCGUGUCAGGGACCAUUGGGGACUACAAGGAACCAUUUUUGGUCAAUGUGCUUUCAUGAGCUGGAAAAACAGGGGAAUAAUGUAAUUGUGAUAGUGAUGGUAACUCCAUUGAUAGAACAAGGAAUGACCAAAUGUGACAAAUACUGGCCCGAAUUAGGCGAGAUGUGGGAUUUUUCUGCGGAAAAUGAACGAGAUGGAAUAUUGUACAAGGAGAUGAAAGUUGUCAACAAAAACGAAACAUAUGGUGCAAAUGAUGAUUUUAUUGUAACCGAAUUGGAAGUCCAGUCGAGGAACAAGACGAAAAAAGUUUAUCAUUUUUAUUACUACAAAUGGUCAGAUGCAAAAGUACCACCAUCGAUUCAGCUGUUGAGCAAUUUGUCACAUCACAUUGACAAGGUAAAAAAGUCCAUUGGAAAGGAAACGGGAAAAGUAAAAGAACCUGUACCUAUAGUACAUUGUUCUGCAGGAGUUGGAAGAUCGGGGACGUUUUUGGUUUAUGACCAUUUGUUUAAGGACCAAAGUCGGUUUAGAGAUUUAAUAAUGAGUGGUGCUGGCAAGAAGGAUAUCAUAUUUAAAGCAGUAUCUCAAUUGAGAGAUAAGAGAAUGAUGAUGGUACAAACCGUUUAUCAGUACCACUUUCUAUAUGAUGCUGCUAGGAUUAUGAGUGUGUUACCAGAAACCAUAGUAGAGGAAGUUGAGAGUGCCUGA